AACGGAAUGACAACUGCUGAGAACGGCAUUGCCAAAAUGGUCUGGCACAACUUGAAAGUUGAAGAGAGGGCAGAAGGCGAGCGCUUGGAGGGUCAAGCCGAGAAGGGUGCAGGAAGGAAGCGGGCUCCUAGGAGUAGGCUUGAUCAGGUGCUUUCUUCUGGACCACAAGGACCAACGUGCCUGAGCAAUGAUUUGAGAUGUUGUAAGGAGGAAUAACACCACUUGCAAACCAGUGGUUCCACACCUGCACCUGCGCAGCACCAUUGUGUGCUCGACCUCAGAAUGGCGGUUCGCCGGGAGCUCUCUCGGAUCGUGCGCAGCGCGCUACAGCAGAGACUGGCGCCGGGUGCCAGAGUCUUUUCAACAACCGCAGCAGCCCCUGUCGAGGACACUGCUUCUCCCAAUAAGUGGUCUGAUGGCACUUUCAGGAGAGCUGAAUGUGCAUCUGACACUGUUACCACCGAGCCUAGCGAGCCUGGGGCGGCGUCGCAUGGUGGUGUCAACAGCUCACGACAGGAGCGCUCACAGCUGCAAGGCAGGGUGGGGGCUCGCGAAUCGACGCGGAUCAGCGGUUUGGGAACUAGUAUGAGGAUGUCCACGUUGGCGGCCGUCCAGCAGAGGAGAGACGUUCCAGAAUUGAAUGAGGAACACUUGGCAGCUUUGAGCCAGUCGCUGGAUGCCAUGUGGCAGCGAAAUGCUGACGGUAGCGGGUUGUCAUCGGGGCCGAGCGCGUUGGAGCAGGGUUUGGAAGGGGACUUUCCGCUGGAUGGACGCUUUGCUUCAGAAAGCUUCGCAGCGGACGCAGCGGGCCAUUCUUCUGAGGCCAGGAACCCCCCCGCCACGCCGCCGCCAAUUGCUUCCACCUCUUACGGUGCCUCAUCUUCCUCCAGCGCAACAUCCUCAACCGGUGCGAACAUCCCCCCGGGUGUGAUUCCCCCCUCUGGUGUUGGAAACCCCGCUGGUGCGAAAACCCCCUCUUGGCUGACUCCCGGUCCAGCUGUCGAGCCCCGGCCUUGGGGGCCGGACUCGAUGCGGACAGGUGUCAUUGCGGUGAAGUGUGGUAUGACUGCGCUGUGGGACGAGUGGGGGAUACGGAUUCCAGUGACGGUGCUUUGGGUUCACGAAAACGAGGUGGUCCAGAUUAAGACGGACGAAAAGGAGGGGUAUACCGCUCUGCAAAUCGGCGGCGGUACCAAAAAGGCGAAGCAGUUGACCAAGCCGUUGCUGGGGCACUUCAUUGCACAGGGGGCCAAUCUGAAACGGAGGCUGCACGAGUUUCGGGUGUCGCCCGACGCGGUGCUGCCGAUCGGAACGGAACUGCACGCUCGGCACUUCGUGGCGGGCCAGUAUGUCGACAUCCAGGGUACCACGAUCGGAAAGGGUUUCCAGGGGGUCAUGAAACGGCACGGUUUCAAGGGGGGCAACGCGUCGCACGGUGCUUCGAAGUCUCACCGGUCUCAGGGUUCCACGGGAGGGAGACAGGACCCCGGAAAAGUGUUCAAAAACAAGAAGAUGGCGGGGCAGAUGGGCAAUGAGACGCGCACGGUGCAGUCCGUCUGGAUCUACAAAGUCGACCCGGCCAGGGAUCUCAUCUACGUCAGGGGGCAGGUACCGGGGCACAAGGGCAACUUCGUGUUCAUCAGGGACGCGCUCCGAAAGAAACCGGACACAGAGGUCACCCCUUUCCCGACCUUCUUUGCACCGCCCGACGAGGACCUAUCGGCGGUUACGCCAAUGACCGCUCCGGCGCCCGACAUCGAUCCAUACGUCGUGAUCAUCGACGAGUUGAACGGAUAGUCUUCGGGAGGUUGUCCGACUAAAGGGAUUCAAGUCCAACCGAACGAGGGGAUGUAAGGAUUAUCGUUCUCUAAUCGGAAGUCGGUCUCUGAGGUAUGAGAUGUGAAGUUGGCACAAGUCUAGUGGCUACACGCUGGGACAAGUGCCGCGAAUCUAGCGGUUUAUCAUGGUUUCGCAAUAUCCAUCUCCGAGCGCGGCCGAAC